AUGUAUAAUCUGGGUUGGAGAGAUCACCCAAAUUUUUCGUGGACAAAUCAGCUAGGACAGUCCUCAAUGGUUCCACAGUUUGAGCAACCAAUCAACCCGAAGAAGCCUUGUCUUGAGGAUAUGUUUGCCCAAUUCAUACAUGGUACGCAAGCUUCAAUUCAGAAAUUAUGUACACAAUUGGGACAGAUAGCUAAUGUGGUGAAUGAGAGGAGUCAAACCAAAGUUAAUCCAAGAGGUAUGGAGCUUGCAAAGGCAAUUAGAACUCUACGAAGCAGCAAGUCAUAUGACAGAGAAGAUAAGGAUGUGAUUUUGGGGGAUGAGAGAGUUAAAGAUACAUCAGUUGUGCCUCCAUCAUCACAAGAGGAAAGUGACCAAUUAAUUCCUCCUAAUGCACCACCGGUUGCCCCAUUGAAGGAGAGAGUUUACAUACCUCCACUAUCUUUUCCUCAACAGUUUCAGAAGCAAAAGAAAGACAGAAACAUGCUGGAUAUCAUGGAAUUGUUCAAGAAAGUUCACAUCAACAUUCCGCUAUUGGAUGCAAUUAAACAAAUUCCAUCAUAUGCCAAGUUCCUCAAGGAUGUUUGCACUAAUAAAAGGAAGUUUGCGGAGCAUGAGAGGGUGAUGCUAAACGAAGAGUGCAGUGCCGUUCUACUCAAUAAAUUGCUACCAAAGUUGAAAGAUCUAGGGAGUUUUACAAUCCCUUGUGUUAUUGGCAAUUUACGAUUUGAUAAAGCUUUGAUUGAUUUGGGUGCUAGUGUUAACUUAAUGCCUUUAUCUAUUUUUCAGCAACUAGAACGUCAAUAA